AUGCAUACACCGGGCAUAAAUUUUUAAUGCAGUCAGUCUUUCGCUUGCAACCGUCCGCUUAGAGUACUUGAGCGCACCAUGAUAAUUUCACACUUAACACGCGUUGGCAUGGUCACGCUUAUCGCCUUGGUAUUGCGACAGUAUUACUGUCACUGUCAGACGGGCCUAGAAGCGCAGAGUUUUAGCAGCGCUGACUGCAGCUUGAUCACAAUGAAAAGCUCGUGCAAUUGCACAUAUGACGUAGGGUAUGAAUCCGCGAAAAUUGAUUGCCGCAGCGCGGAUGAGCGCACUGAUAUACGGAUAUCUAUUUAUGAAAAAAGUGCUGUGGACAUAACCUGCAGAUACACAGGCGCUUCUUACGUUGUCAUUGCUGAGGAAUUACUAGCGCGUUUGCCGCGCUUAGGCAGCAUACGCAAAGCCGAUUUCUUGGGCAUACAUGAGUGCAUGCCAUUCACGGCGAUACUAGCGCGUAUGGCGUUAACGCAAAGUGAAAUACUACAUAUUGAUGGUCUCAGCAAAUUAACGCGAUUAACAGCGCAGAGCUUUGGACACAACACGAGCUAUUUGCACAGCGUUGUCGAUUUGGAGCUAUCGGUACAACCUGCUAUAGCGCAAGCAGCGCAGCGCUUAAAUGCUGACCUAUUCACUGUCUUUCCAAAUUUGCGUACACUAAAAAUCGACUUAAACGUCACAAAAUUAGACGCAGGCAUAUUUACGCCGCUCGCCGCUACGCUCAAUGAUUUUACGUUCUAUGGCAGAUUACGUGAGUUUCCUAGCGCCGCUUUGUCACCGCUGCGCCAGCUGAGUAUGUUGUUUUUGAUGCGCCAUCAAUUUGGUGAUCGUUUACGUGAAGAUGAUUUAGCGUCGCUCAGUUUAUUGGAACAACUUACGUUGAACAGCUGUAACAUAACCAAGUUACCAGCGCGUAUUUUUGCAUCAUUGCCCGCGCUUAGACAACUCAAAUUGAACAGAAAUGAGCUACGCGUGUUGCCGCCUUCGCUAUUUGUGGCACAAAUGCACCUACAAAGCUUAGAUUUGGGCGAUAAUCAAUUAGAGACGCUGUCGCGCACACUCUUUCACCACGCCACCAAACUAACAAGCUUAGCUUUAUAUCACAAUCGUUUGACUAUGUUGAGCGCGCAAAUGUUGCCGCCACUAAACGCGCUCGUAGGACUAAGGCUGGACAAUAACUUACUACAUACAAUCGCAGCUGACAGUUUUGCGGACGCUAAGCAAUUGCAGUUUUUGGAACUCCACAACAAUCGGUUGAAUUGGUCUAGCGCUGAGUCGUGUGAUCUGCUCGCUGGCAUGUCUAGCCUAAUGGCACUCGGUUUACAAAAUAAUACGUUGCAACAUUUAUGUGACCAGUCAAUUGCGCCCAAUUAUACGACCAGCAAACUGUAUACGCUCGAUUUACGUUACAAUAAAUUCACACAUUUGAGCGCGUCGCUGCUGCGCACGCUAAAUAGCAGCAAGUUGCCGAAACAAUUGUAUCUGUCACAUAAUCCCUGGAUGUGCGACUGUGGUGCGCAAACAUUUCACAAUUUCGUCAAGUCUAAUCGUGAGCGAAUGCCUGAUAUAUUGGAGUUGCGUUGCGCCGAUACGCAGCUGGCGCCGCUGAUUGAGUUAUCCUACAACGAUAUUUGCCUGCCUGACUUGGGCGUAAAUGCAAGAUUUGUGUUGGGUUUGAUAAGCCUGUCGGCGCUCAGCUUAAUGCUUAUCAUCACGGCGCUCUGCUAUUACAAAUAUAAGCUGCAGCUACAAGUGUGGCUCUACGCGCAUCAGCUGUGCCUUUGCUGCAUCAGUGAAGCGGAGUUGGAUCGUGAGCGUAAGUAUGACGCGUUCAUCUCAUAUGCGCAUCAGGAUGAGCAUUUUGUCGAACACGAACUGCUGCCGGGCCUGGAGCAGGGCACGCCCGCCUUUAAGGUGUGCAUACAUGCGCGCGAUUGGUUGGCAGGCGCGUUCAUAACCGAGCAAAUUAUCGACUCAGUAGAGGAUUCACGUCGCACAAUCAUUGUUUUAUCGGAGAGUUUUAUAGCGUCGCAUUGGGCGCGCAUGGAGUUUCGUAUGGCGCAUCAAAGCGCGCUCAAUGAGGGACGCUCGCGCAUCAUUCUAGUGAUCUAUGGCGAUUUAGUGAAUAUUGAGUUGUUGGAUCAGGAGUUGCGCGCUUAUUUGAAAAUGAAUACUUACCUGAAAUGGGGAGAGCCGUGGUUUUGGGAGAAGUUACGUUAUGCCAUGCCACAUCCAACGCGCGUUUGGACUAGAUCAGCGCGUGUAAGGCAGGCUGACGAGAUUCCUCUACACGAUUUUCCGCCAAGCGCGUAAACAAUGUGCACGCUUUGUUGUGUUAUAUUUACAAAGUUGAUGUUCAUUGACAGUUGAAAGGUGUUAUGUUAUAAUGAGUGUUUGGUAGUGUGGAGGAAAAAUAAAUUAUUUAAAAAUACAAAAAUAAAAAGUUUUAAAUUAUAUAC